AUGGCGUCCAUGGAGACUUUCCAGACCUUGGAUGACCUGUUGGACCACUUCGACGUGCCUGAGGCGGUCUGGCAGGCAUUCGAAGCACAAGUGGGCAGCCCUGGCAACGACUACAGGUUGCUGGUGGCUUUGGCGAAAGUGGCCCUGGUGUCAGCCUGCGGCAGCGCUUCCAAUGUCGCCGAGACAGAGGCAGGAGGGGGCGUGAAGGAGCGCGUCUUAAAGAUGAGUGCGCUCAUCGACCAGCAGGACGACAGUGAAUUGUUGCCCCCCGAGGCUUCGGAGGAACCAACAUCAGCACAGUUGGCUGCACUCCACAAGAAGGUCUACGUGGAAAACCGCGCCCCGUACACGGACCGUUUGGAAAAGAUCAGGCGCCGCCUGACGAUUGAGUCAGCGCAGAACAGACAGGAGACCUGGAGUUUUGCGCUGAGAGGGUGCACCACCCUGCUGCAGCCUGGACAGCGGCGGGGGGUCGUGGUGCACCCACAGUGGCCACAGAGGCAUCAAUGCUGGUACCAUAAGGCGUUAGAACAGGACUCAGAGCAAGGGCAAGGGCUUGGAGACCAUCGCAAGACCCAGGCCAACAGAGACCGAAGACAAGCUCGCAAGCGAAGGCUGGCGACAGAGAGGGAGGAAUUAGCGAGGCACAGGAGCUCAACGGCAAGCGCCAGUGGAAAGGGAUCUGAAGACCAGUCAGGUCUUGAACUGCGUCUCACAAAGACGCAGAGUGCCGACAAGGGUGAACCCACGGUGGAGCUGUCACCCGACUUUGAGGGAGACGGUGAACCGGCUGUGAAAGCUGUGACCGCUUUGCCGGCCAAGCGCAAGGAGAGCACGGCGUCAGACGGGCCUGAGACGCCCUCGGGAGUUGGAGCCGUCAAGGCUGAAAGCGUGGAGCGUGGAGACAAAGCCCCUCAUGGUGACGCGCCGAGUGAAGAGGCGGGGACACAGGACGCUGGGUCUCUGUGGGUGCCUGAUAGGGUGAAGAAAGCCUUAGAGAAGAGUAAGUCAUUCGAAGACUUCAGAAGAUGCAGACCUUUCAGGUUCCUUCACUCAAAUGAGCGAGAUCAACUUGCCGCGUCAUUGAAGGCUGAGGCAAAGAGAGCACGGCUGGAGGUCUACGUGGAGUCCCUUGACAGGAAGAAAGAUGCCGAGUUAAAUCUGGCAAGCCCCAAAAUCUUUGACGAGGUGGACAAGUCAGUGAUGGAUGGGGAGUGGGAUGGAUUCCACAGCGGCUUUCCGUGCACAAGUUUCUCAAGGGUGCGUUGGCGGGACUCCCCUGGAGGCCCACUCCCAGUGCGGUGCUCGGCACGCAUAUAUGGGCUACCGGGCAACACACCAGCUCAACAACGAGAGGCAGAUGAAGGAACUCUCAUGGCGACGAGGUCGGCCGGGCUGCAUGAAAAACAGGUUGCCUCUUGCCGCAGACGAGAAGUACCUGAGGUGUCGACCUUGGAGAACCCACCAGGGUCAGAGGUCUGCAACUCUCAGCCUUGGGUACAACACGUGCCGGUGGUGGGAAAGGCCAACACAGAGGCCGCCGGAGCCUACCCUGAGGACCUCACCGACGAGAUCGCAAAGAGGAUCAUCGAGACGUGGAAGAGGAUCCUCAACCUGGAAUGGCUCAGGUACCAGAUGCAGCAGAAGGCAAAACAGAUAAGCGAGCUGCAGGUAAAGUGGCUGAGCAAUGGGAAACGCCUCUACGAAGAGUCGAGUCCCACAGUGGUGAACCCGUUGUCAAAGGACCCCAAGAAUUGUAUAGGUUCGAAAGCAAAGCCACGGAAGCGCACGAGGUGGCUCCAAGAAGCAGAAGCGGGACGCCGAGUCGUGAACCACCAGAGCUUUGUCCAUGGCUUGACCCCAAACGGCUGCGGAGGCCAUGACUAUGAAACAUGCAAUGCCAUGGAUGCCUGA